AUGGCUCUACUUUUUUCUAGGGUUCUUAGACGUUGCGCUAAGAACAAUUUAUAUACAGCAACUAGGUUUUCAUCAAAAGAUGUUCCACCUCCAGAUGAGUUGGUUACUGGUUUGGAAGAAUUUCAAAGGAAAGAAUUCUAUGCUGGAAAUGAUGAUCCAUUUUUAUUAAAAGCUGUUAAAAGGCAUGCUAGUACUAAAAACAAUCCAAAUCUUGUACCAUCAUAUUAUGAUUGUAGAGUAAUCGGAUGCGUUUGCGAAGAAGAUUCUUAUGCCAUUACAUGGAUGUGGUUAUUCAAAGGUGAACCUAAGAGAUGUCAAUGUGGACAUUGGUUUAAAUUGGAACAUUAUGAAAAAUAA